AUGGCUACGGCGGGCAGGGUGCUGGUGUACGGGGGCAGAGGGGCGCUGGGGUCCCAGUGCGUGCGGUACUUCAAGUCCAGGAACUGGUGGGUGGCCAGCAUCGACCUGGCGGAGAACGAGGACGCCAGUGCCAACGUGGUGGUGGGGGCGACCGACUCCUUCCCCGAGCAGGCCGAGCAGGUGACAACAGAGGUUGGAAAACUUCUUGGUGAAGAAAAGGUGGAUGCAAUCUUGUGUGUAGCAGGAGGAUGGGCUGGAGGCAGCGCCAAAGCUAAAUCUUUAUACAAAAACUGUGAUCUGAUGUGGAAGCAGAGCGUUUGGACAUCCACUAUUUCCAGCCACCUAGCCACAAAACAUCUGAAAGAAGGCGGCCUCUUGACUUUGACAGGAGCUCAAGCUGCUUUAUGUGGAACCCCAGGGAUGAUUGGUUAUGGCAUGGCCAAAGGAGCAGUGCAUCAGCUUUGUCAGAGUUUAGCUGGUGCCAGUAGUGGCUUGCCGUCUGGUUCUGCUGCUGUUGCUGUUUUACCGGUUACCUUAGAUACACCAGCAAAUAGGAAGUCAAUGCCUGAUGCAGAUUUCAGCUCCUGGACACCCUUAGAAUUCAUUGCUGAAACCUUUUUUGACUGGGUAACAGGAAUGAAUCGACCAAACUCAGGGAGUCUAAUCCAGGUGAUAACUACAGGAGGGAAGACUGAACUAGUUGCAGCACACCUUUGAUGUCGGUCACUUAAGAUGGUGAAACUUCAGCAAAGGAGCAGCUAUGGAAAAUCUGUCUGCCAGUAUAAUUUGGAUGGUCUUCUCUAUCCAGUGAUUGUAGUUAUGCCAUUAAUGGAACCAGAUUUCAAGUAAUAUUUCUGUUCUGUCAGUUGUGAGCUACCAGCAUUUGCGGGCUUUAAAGUCUGUAGAUGUCCUAAUUCUGAGCAUUAUAUGUCGACUUACCUGUUUUCUCUGAAGUGGGAGUUGUGCUCAAUUAUGUUAUACAAUCACAUACAUAAUGGUUGGAUUUUUUUCUCAGUAAGUGUUUCUGGCAACUUACUGUGAGUCUUUCAGUAGUCUGUCUGUCUUUUUCUGUCUGAGAAUGUAACCCUGCCCUGCAUAUUAUGUUGGCUGUAAUUAUAGGAAACGUUCCAGUCAUAUAUAAUGUCCUAGUCUUGUAAUGUUUUUUUUGUGAAUGUUCCAGUCAAUGUUUGAGUUAAUGGAACUGUACAGAGAUUACUCACUCAAGAAGUAGUUCCUAAUUUGCCUUACAGUUUAUAAGCUGCUAUCGGGCCUGCAGUUGUAGGAUAAAACAGUUGUUCUGCCAAAUGAUUAGUAUGUCUUUGUGUUAGUCAUGAUGGUUCUUUGCUUUCUGAAAAAGCAAAGUGCUGAAAAGAAGUACUAGAAAAAGCAUACGCACACUUCUAUUUGAAUAUGGAACUUUUUGUGCUAAAUAAACGUAUAUU